AUGAAUAUAUCCUAUUAUAAAAAGGUUAAUAUUGAUGGUUCCCUCAAACCAAGAAAUUGGUUAUCCUAUAGCACCACUUUAGACAAAGUCUUUUGUCUUUAUUGUCUUAUGUUUGGUGGCCCUAAAUCCAAUACUUUUUGGACUCAACUUGGAGUAAAUAAUUGGAAAAAUUUUAAGCGUGACUUAGAGAGACAUGAGUCAUCUUCUAUUCAUAAGGAUUGUGAAUACACCAACAUGACUUGGCUUGCAAAUAAGCGUAUUCAAGAUCAUUUUCUAUCAAAUAGGCUUGAUAUAAUAAUGGAAAAUCGUAAUAUAGUUCAUAAUAUUAUUGAUGCCAUUAUAUACCUUAUAAAAUGUAACAUAGCCUUUUGGGGCACUAAUUCGAAUGAAGGUAAUUUUAUGUGCCUCAUAAAAUUAAUGGCAAAAACGGUUCCAACUUUACGGGCAUACAUUGAUAACAACGAAAAAUUGAGGAGAAAAAAAUCAGAUAAAAUUUCAAGACCUUAUAUAAAUUUAUUGUCAUAUGGCCAUGUGAAAAAAAUUAUUGAAGUCAUUAAGAUAAAAAUAAUAAAAUGUAUUAUUCAAAAAAUUAAAGAGAAUUGUGCCUAUAGCAUCAUAUUAGAUGGAACAUAUGAUGUGUCUAAAAAAGAAUGCAUUGCUUUACUUGUAAGAUAUAUAGAAGAUGAUCCGCAUCCACAUCCUGUAGAAAGGAUCAUCCAUGUUUUUACAACAUCAGAAACCACCGGGGAAAAUAUAAAGAAACAUGUUUUUUCUAAGUUCAAAGAUCUUGGUCUUCCUCUUGAUUAUAUGGUUGGGCAAAGUAUGGAUGGUGCAGGGAAUAUGAGAGGAGUAUACAAAGGAAUGCAGGCUUUAAUAUUGAAAGAGGCUCCAAAAGCCAUAUAUAUUUGGUGCCAUGCACAUAGGCUCAAUUUAGUAGUUGCUCAUGUUUGUGGAUGCAAAAUAGAAAUGAAAAAGGUAAUGGGAAUAUUGGAUGAGUUAUAUAAUUUCAUGAAUGGGGUAAGACGUCAAGGAGUGUUUGUUAAAUAUCAAAUGACAAAGUCUAAAAAAUCUCUUAAAAGAAUAAAAAAUACAACAAGGUAA